AUUUGCGAUCAUUUACUGGCCAAAGCGGAUUUCUCAUUUGAAGAUUUAUUCACGUUAUCGCUUGAACUGCAUGGAUUAUUUGAGGAAAGUGUGGCCAUCUCGAAACUGUUUUUAAAUCGAUUAAAGCGACAUCGAUAUUUGAUUGGAAGUCGUCGAUUUGCAUUGCUCUGCCUGCUUUCACUAUGCAACACAACUCGAUAUCAUGCGUUAAGUAUGGCCGAAAUGAAGCAGAGUGUGCUGCGCUUGCAGAAGCAUUUGGAUCGUAUGCGAGAAAGUAUCUGGAUGCGUGAUGUUAUCGGUGAUUGUGAUGUGCAA